UUAGGGAAAACUAAAAGGUUACUGGAAUAUAUAACAUUCUUUCCAGAAAUAUUAAUUUUUCACAGAUAAAAAACAACAACAACAACAACAACAACAACAACAACAGUACAGGGCCUUUAACAGGAGGUUCGGGCCUCUACGUCAAUCAGCGACGUUCGUUUGGAGUUUGGAGUAGGAGACGCGUUUGCUAUCGCGUUGAGUCACCUUGUUUGCGCCGCUGUUAAACGACAUGGCAACGAAAGCCGUUUGUGUCCUCAAAGGGACUGGAGUAGAGACUGGCACGGUUUACUUUGAGCAGCAGGGCGAAGGUGCACCUGUAAAGAUUACAGGAGAGAUCACUGGCCUGACCCCUGGCCUGCAUGGCUUUCACGUGCAUGCUUUUGGAGACAACACAAAUGGCUGCAUCAGUGCAGGGCCACAUUUCAACCCUAAAAACAAAAACCACGGUGGACCUAAUGAUGAAGUUAGACACUUUGGUGAUCUGGGGAAUGUUUCCGCUGGGGCCAACGGAGUUGCCAAAGUCAACAUCGAGGACAAACUCGUGUCAUUGACUGGCCCGAACUCGGUCAUUGGGAGGACCAUGGUGAUUCAUGCGAAGGAGGAUGACUUGGGCAAAGGGGGUGAUGAAGAGAGCCUGAAAACGGGCAACGCGGGUGGGCGCCUGGCGUGUGGUGUUAUAGGCAUCGCCCAGUGAGGUGGUUGUGUCCCCCCUGUGACCCCCCUUUCUUGCACUGGAACAGUGCAGGUGCCCCAGCUAGCACUUACAAGUUUAACCUUGUGGCUUGUUUAUAUUUUCCCAGGCUUAUCGCAUGAGUGUAACAAAUGGCACACUCAUAGCUGUGGAAGUCUGUUUUUGCAGUUUUUCCUUCUGUAAAUCUGUUAAUUUUGUUUCGUGGCCAAUUUGGAUAUCUUUGGCAGCAGACUUAAAGCAGGGUUUCUAUUGAAUGUUAUCAAUUUUGCAAUAAAGGUUUGCUGGGUACCA